GGGGCUGGCCUCGUGCAGUUGUCCUCUGCCGCUGCAAAAGGUGUCCACGCGCAACCCGUCUACGGUCUCGCUUUUAAAGUUGUGUAUGUUGUGUUUUUUUUGCAGCGUGCGACCUCCGGACUCAUGAACACUCUCAACACAUUUUGACUCAUCUUGACCGACUCAUCUUGGGAGGCACUAUAAAAUACUGCUCAGCCCUUUCCCCCCACGACUCUUUAGUUGAGCUACCCACUGGAAGUCGGCGGAUGGUCCGUUGUGUCCACGGUGAUGCAACACCUGACCCUCAAGUUUCCAUCUACUUCCAGAUAGUUUCACACGGACAUGGCGGAAGGAGACUUUUACACCCUGGGCAGCCGCCAAAGGUUUCCCCGGGAUCCGUUCGGAGAGUCCCCCUUCAGGGAGCAGCUGGCCUCCCGCUUCAUGGAGGAUGACUUCGGCAUGCCGCCUUUCCCCGACGACCUCUCCAUGGACUGGCCGGGCUGGGCGCGACCCGGCCGGCUGAGCACCCGCCUGGGCUCGGCGCCCUUCGGCGGCGCCUUACGCUCGAGCUUCCCCGGCCACCAGCAGCGGCAGUCUACGGCGGGGCCAGCGCUCUACGGCGGUCGCUACGGCGAGGCCUCCCCGCGGACCUCCCCGACCACCGGCCUCUACGGCCCCGGCGGGGAGCCGUGGAAGGUGUGCGUCAAUGUGCACAGCUUCAAGGCGGACGAGCUCAAUGUCAAAACCCGGGAUGGUUUCGUGGAAGUCUCAGGAAAGCAUGAAGAGAAGCAAGAGGAAGGAGGGAUCGUCACCAAGAACUUCACCAAGAAGAUCCAGAUCCCGAUGGAUGUGGAUCCUCUCACGGUCUUCGCCUCGCUGUCCCCCGAAGGCGUCCUCAUCAUCGAGGCCCGCCCGACGCCCCCGUAUUACCUCUUCAGCAAGGAAGGGCCCCAAGGCUCAGGGCACGAUGCUAGCGCCCCCCAGGCCCUGGCAGUCUAAAGCCACCCUGCCCCCUCACGUAGAAGAAGCUACCCUGAGGACUCUGUUGGUCUUGGAUGAUGUGACUAAGGUAGAUAGCGGAGGGUCAUACCACCACAGAUGUGUCUUUCUAUGCUAGAGCAGAACCCUGGUGAUUUUGAUGGCUGGUAAUCCAAGAUGGCUGACAUUAUUAUGGGGGUAUACCCUCUCCCCUGUCUUCCAGCUGUCGUACGUUGAGCUCCACAGUCAAAUGAGUACCCCAUGCUUGUAGCUUCUCCAAAAUACACACUUUUACCCCCGCCAUGUUGACACACACAAGAACCUUUGUUUCCCAACCAGUUCCGAUUUCACCCUCUUUAACAAACCAACAGGAUUAACGUCAACAUCAUCUUUCUGUGUCACUAUUAUUUCUAGCCAUGUUUUCUUGACUGGUCUAAGGAGGAUGAUUACUGGGGGAGGGGCUCUCCUUUGACACCCAUCAGCUUCAAAAAGUCCUCAAACUUUCUAGAAUUUGUCUGUCGGAACAAGAAUCCCAUGGUUCCUUUUGGAAGUGAUCCAAGGAUGGUGUCAUCAGUCAUUCCACCGACUAUUUGAUAUCCUGGGUUGCUGUCUCAACCCUACUGGUAGUUUUGGUGGGACUGGCCCAGGAUGGAUGGAUCUAAGAAUGGAUGGAUGGAUGGAUCUAAGGAUAGACGGAUGGAUGGAACUAAGGAUAUAUGGAUAUAUGGAUGGAUGAAUGUAAGGAUAGGCGGAUGGAUAUAUGGAUUGAUCUAAGGAUAGAUAGAUGGAUGGAUUUAAGGAUAGAUUAAUUGAUGGCUAGAAGGGUAUAUGGAUGGAUCUGAGGAUAGAUGGAUGGAUGUAUUGUUUAGAAUAUGUUGUAGAAACAUCAUGCCAUGCCUUCCUGGGUGUUUCAUUUCCUGUGACAGGAGCGACAAAGUGUUGGCUGAAUUGCGUGUGUGUGUGUGUGCACGUGUGAGUGUUCUGUAAAUAUCUUUUCAAUACGAGUCUUUGACUUUAUGUGACGUGCUUUGCUUUCUUGUUUUUUAUCCUUGAGCUUCCUCAUCAGAGGACAAUGUUUGUCAAUAAAUGAAUCAACACA